AUGGAGCUUACUUCCGCGUACAUCGCGUUGCUCGCGUUGAUUCCUCUCGUCUCUGGCCAAUGCAAAUGUACCCCUAAUGAUAUCUGCUGGCCAUCUGAUAAAGAGUGGGGCCGAUUCAACAGCUCCAUCGCUGGAAACCUCAUCCAGACGGCCCCACCUGCGGCGCCGUGUUAUGCCGGACCCAAUCGGGAUGCCGCCGCAUGUGAAGCCGUCACCCAGGGCUGGAGCACGGCGACUUUCCAGGCAUCUCAGCCCAUCGGCUAUGACUAUCCUCUCAAUUCCUCUUGUCCACUAGCUCGGUUCACUGCCAAUGCCCCCUCAGCCAACUGCACCAUCGGAAACUCCCCAGUGUUUGCCGUCAAUGUCACCGACGAGGAGCAUAUCUCGAAGGCGGUUGAGUUCGCCAAGAAAAAUAACAUUCGUAUCGUCAUAAAGUCUACGGGCCAUGACUUCCUUCAAAGGUCGACCGGCUACGGCAGCCUUUCUAUCUGGUUGCAAAACUAUCGAAAAGGUUUCAAUUUCCAUGACGACUUCCAGGUCGUAAACGAGUGUCCCAAGUCGGACUGGAAAGGGAGCGCAUUGACUAUCACUGGAGCCUACUCGUGGUCCGAUAUCUACCCCACGGCGUUCGAGAAGAAUCUCAUCGUCGUCGGCGGAAACAAUAGGGGACCUUGUGCCACUGGCGGUUGGACACAAGGAGGCGGACACAGCCCGGUGACUCGUUUCUACGGGCUCGGUGCCGACCAGGUCCUGUCCGCAAGGGUCGUCUUGGCAUCUGGAGAGAUAGUGACUGCAAGCCCUUGCAAUAACACUGAUCUCUUCUACGCCAUCCGUGGAGGAGGUGGCGGCACCUAUGGAGUCGUGACACAGAUGACGGUCAAGACCUACCCUACCAAGAACAUUGAUGCGAUCGACGUUGUUAUCGGUACUGUAUCAACAAGCGCAAAUGUCUCGGCCAAGUUCAUCGAUGCGAUGACAGAUAUCUACUCUUCCUACCCUUAUCUGUCGGAGGUUGGCUUCGCCGGCUAUGGCGCCUGGGCAAUGAAUAGCCCAGUGCCCAUCGGCGGCAACUUUUCUACAUUCUACACCCAGACGUUCACUACGCUGGGCAACGACGCAGGAGAGGCGACCCGGUUGUUCAAGCCCAUUGCAGAGAAGAUUACUCCUCUGAAAGACGCCGGCUUCACUGUUUCCAUCACGCAGAAGGCGUAUACAGACUAUGGUGCGUACUACGCCAACAAGUCAGGAACAGAUGCAACUGUCGGCGGCGUCUCAGCCCUGGCCUCCCGCUUGUUGGGAAGAUCGGCCUUGGAGGGCAAUCGAGACCAACUUCGCAAAGCUAUGGAGACAAUGGCUGGAAAAGAUGGCAAGGCCGUGUUCCAUACCGUCGUCCAUCAUGGUCUUCAGACGGCGCAAGAAACGCGAGACAAGUCGUCCGCGGUUCAGCCUGGUUGGUAUGAUGCUGUCAUCCUCGAUAUUUUUGAGAGACCGAUUCUCAGUGGCGAGCUUUCUGUGUCAUCGAACAUCGAUCUCUUCGAUGACAUCCGUCAGAACGUACUCCCAGUCUAUCGGGAACUUUCGCCAAAUACUGGAACUUACAUGAACGAAGCGGAUUGGGGCGACACGAAUUUCCAGGAGGACUUCUACUCCUCAAAUUGGAAGCAAUUGAUUGAGAUCAAAACCAAGUAUGAUCCAUCUGGGGUCUUUUACUGCCAGACUUGUGUCGGUAGUGAUGAAUGGAAACAAGAAGCAAGCGGCGCAUUGUGUCGACGAUGCAGCUCUCGAGAAGGCCGCUGUAACGGUCGCAAUGAUGGGGCCGAAGGCAUGUGCGCUUGCUGGUAA